GUGAGAGCACCCUAAUAGUAUUACAGCGCACUGGAGGGUCAAACUUUCUUCAACCGCUCGUUUUUCAGCUCCACGCAGCCGAGUCAGGAUGGAAGAGGCAGAGCUGUUAAAGGAGCGACUCCAGGCCAUUACGGAUAAAAGGAAAAUCCAGGAGGACAUUGCUUCAAAACGACUGGAGAUUGACAGGGAGAAAUUAAAACUUCAGCACCUCAAGAAAAAGUCUAUGAGGGAUCUGUGGCUGAUGGACGGUGCGAGCGCUGGAAAUGCUCAGGAGGCUCAGAAAGCUCAGGAGGACGUUCAACAGACCAAACUACUGCAGAGCAACAUCCACCGGAUAGAGAAAGAAAUCGAGGCUCUGGAGAGAGAAGAGCUGAACAUCUCCACAAACGAAGGCCUAAUUCUGAAGAGGCUGAAAGCCAUUGAGAAGUCCACUGAGGACAUUAUAAAGGCAGCAAAUGAAAAUUUCAAAUCAGAGCCAAUCCAUGUUUAUCCAGGAAUUCCAGACACAACAAAAUCAUAUACACCUUUAAACCGGAGGAAACAGCCAACCGCAAAUGACCAAGACACCACAAAUGACCAACACAAACCUGCCUUGUUCGCCAUGGAGAUCAACGUGCAGAAGGACCUGCGAACGGGCGAAAGCCGCGUCAUCUCCACCUCCACCGUCUCCACUCAGGAGCUGCAGCACAAGGGCAUCAAGGUGUACGACGACGGCCGUAAAUCUGUGUACGCGCUCCGCUCGGACGCCGUCCAGCCUGGAGCCAACGGGGUGGACGAACUCAGCCCAAUGGAAGUGGAGGAGCUCCUUCGGCAAGCGACGGAGAAGAAGAAGCGGCCCCAGGAACUCGAGGAACCUCCAUUCAACAUGAACUACAACCGCUCACCGUCACCAAGCAAGCCUUACAUAGACCAAUGCUCCAACGGCUACCUUACAGAGCCUUAUAGCGUGGAAAUGACCGCAUGGCCUGAGCUGGUGUACUGUGAUAGUAACGAACACUAUCCAGGACAGGAAAUUCACCCACCUGCUCACAUGUUCCACCACUACAGUGAUGAGCAGGCUGAGUAUUUUCCUAGCAACGGGAACAGUUAUGGUCAUGAGCUGUAUCAGAGAGAGAUGACACACAGUCAUGGGCCGUUUUAUGACCCCCAAGACCGUCAGAGAGGAGCUCUUCGUGUGGAUUCGGAGUUGAACCACAGGCCGCCUUCGGCUUACAGCAACGACUCCAAAGUCAGCAUCUUAAACGCUCUGCCUUCAGACGAGCCGGUCACCAUGAUCUUUAUGGGCUAUCAGGCCGCAGACGAAGAUGCUACUAGCUACGAGGGCUCCGUUCGGGCCGAGCUCGUCGUCAUCGGAGAGGGUGAGGAAGACCGCAGUGCCCAUCCACACCAAAACAGCAACGCCAACAACGCUUCCCAACGCCAGGCCUCAGGCCAGCUCCAGACCACAGAGGGCGCCACAGCUACACAGAUGGGGACUGAAAAAUGGGGCCAAAGAGUCUAGACCUCCAGCUCAGAGAGACCAGAGAGGGACGAGGGAGAAGAUCACUGACCACAGACUCAAAAAGAACCAUCAGCAACAGCUUCAUCUAAUGGAUAAAAAUGUUUGUUGACAGCAUUAAAAAGU